CUUACAGCCUCGAGGUUGGCCGUGUGCAGUACUGGGUUACGGAUUGGUUUACGUUUUCAAAAAUUUAAUCCUUAACCAUGUCUUCAGGCAAAAAAGGAAAGAAAAACAAGGUUAAAGAACAGAAAACCAAGUUGAAAACGCUACCGUUAACAGAUUUUUUGGCCGAUACUCCUGGUGCACAUGUUAAUGCUCCUAUGAAAUCAUCAAGCUGGGCUGAUGAUGUCGAAGAUGAUGAUUAUGAUGAUAUGUAUUCUUCAAGAAGAAAUAAGAAACCAGUCGUUCUACCAACGGCCCCACGAGUUGCUCGAGGCCCUGGUAUUGACGAAGAAAAUAUCCCAACAAAUCCUCCAUAUGUAGCUUACAUAUCCAACUUGCCAUAUGAAGUAGAUGAAGAAGUACUUGCUGAAUUCUUUGCAGAUAUGAAGAUAGUUAAUAUGCGUCUUCCAAAGGAUUCUUCCAAACUGAGAGGUUAUGGCUAUGUUGAAUUUGAAGAUCGCCAAACCUUAAUUGAAGCAUUAUCUAUGACAAACAGGACUAUCAAGACACGACGUGUUAGAAUUGAAGUAUCAAACAGCAGCAAUGAUGAUAGACGUUCUGGAUCGAGAAUGGGUCGAGACAGUUACAGAGAUGAUCCUGAACGUACUUCUGGAGAUUGGAGAAGUGGUCCAAGAGAAGAUUCGUCUGAUAGAGACAGAUUUCGCAGCUAUGGUGGAUUUGAUAAUAGAAGAGGAGAAGAUAGAGAAGCUGAUGAUAAACCUGGUGGUUGGCGUGAAGGAGACAGAGGAGGUUCAGCUUUUAGAGACAGACCAAGCUUUAGAGAUGAUGAUAGAGACAAAGAAUGGUCUCGCUUUGGAGAUAGAGGAAAUCGAGAUCGAGGUGGUUUCAGAGAGGAUGAUAGAGACAGGGGCAGUAGCUUUGGUCCACGUCGUACUUAUGGAGACUCCGAUUGGGAAAAAGAUCGUCGACCAGCAAGUGAAGAUGCUGAGAGAGAUGAACUUCGAACCAGACCAAAAUUACAAUUACAACCACGUUCGAAACCAAUUGAGCCCAUAACUGCAAAAGAGGAUUCAUCAUCAAACGAAACCUCUGCACCAGCACCAUCAUCAGCACCAACUCCUGUUCCAGCAGUUAAUAUUUUCGGUGCUGCUAAACCUGUUGAUACUGCUGCCAGAGAAAGAGAGAUAGAAGAACGUCUUACUAGGUCUUAUGCAGAUACAAGAUCUAGAGAAGAAGGUGACGAUAAACGCGGAGCAAGAGAAGGUACUUGGGGCCGGCGCAAUGAAGAUGGCCGUGAUGACAGAGAAAGAAGACCUCGUCCGACCUGGAGAUCAGAUGAAGACCGAGAGAGACCAAUGGAAAGACCAGCUCAGAGUCAUUCAACUUCUGCUCGAUCUGAUAGUCUUACUAAAUUAGACCAACGCUCAGAGUCAAGAGAAUCUUCAGGUUCUCGUGCUGCUCCAUCAACUCGUGGCACUGAUAAACCAGACGAUUCUGAAGAAUCUAACGAGAGUACGGUGCACAAAGAAAGAGAUAGAGAAGAUGACUCAGAUAAAAUCCCAGUGGCCAGUGAGCAAGCUCCAAACUUCGUAGCUUCCAAUAAGUAUUCCGUGCUACCUUCUGAUGAAGAACCAGAUAAUGCUGAUGAUUAGUUCUGCUCAUUACAAUUUAUAUCAUGGAUUAAAUUGUGCCACAUGUAUCACUAUUGGUAUACAUUCGCAUAAUAUAAUUUGUUUCGCCUCAACUAAAUGCUUGGCCAAUCCAUUUGAGUAUUGGACAUUGCCUAUGUAGGGCAUCAUUACCGGAAUUAUUGUUGAUUUGUAUUUAAUCUAUUUUACUAUUCCUAAUAUAACUCUUAUCUAUCAGACUAUCCAUUUUAUAUUUCGUAUGGAUGUUCAAUACUUUAAGAUGAAUAUAAGUUGAAAUUGCCAUUGUAAGGUGGUCGGUUAUAUUGAUCACGGUGUUUGAAUCUAGGUACAAUUGCAGUUGCAACAUUAGGAAUUGGGAAUUUAUACUUGAUAUUUAGUCUGGUGUACAGUUGCUUUGAGUAUAUUGUACCAUAUGUGACUCAUGUACAUGUAACAUAACUUUAUCAAUUUAAAAAGGAAAAAGGCGAUUAAAAUAAUAAAUAUACUGGAUGCUCGAAGACA